UGAGAGUCACACAUACAUGCACACUGCAGAGACAGUACCUUAGAUAUUUGCAAUAACACGCAUGUACAGGUGAAUCGCAUACAUAUUUAUGGACAUAGCAAGGAAAACAGAUCAGGAACUAAAGCAAGGAGUCAAUAGAGCUGAUUGGAUCAACGUCUGAAGUAUCAAGGUCAAGAUCUGAUGUGACGAAAUGAGCAGACUUUCCCCCGAUGUUGCAGAGGAAGGAGGUAGCUUCAGCUCCUGUUCGAUAUGUAUGCAUGACUACGAUGACAGAGAGCACCAGCCUAAGCUCCUCCCAUGCCAACAUGGCCACAGCUAUUGCAAGACAUGCCUUGUACGACUACUGGGCACGAAGAACUUUAUCCACUGCCCAUCAUGUCGUAAGAAGAUUGUCAUGGGAGAGAGAGGCAUUGAUGAAUUACAAACAAACUAUUAUAUUGUGUAUAUAAAGUCUUUACAGAGACAGAAGAAAGGUGGUGGAGAUUACUGCAAGGUCCACCCAGAUAGACGACUGGUGUUAUUCUGUAAGACAUGCAAUGAGACAGUGUGCAGAGACUGCACAGCAAGAGCACAUAAUGAGACACAGGGACAUGUGAUUAUUGAAACAAAACAAGCUCUUAUUGACAACAAACAUACCCUUCAGGAACAGAUAGGGCAAGCCUCGCAGGUUGUUGUAGAUGCUGAUGAUACUAUAACUAGCCUACGCAAUGAGCUAAGCAACAUGGCUACAACUGAACUGUCAAUGACACAAAGCAUUAAUGACCUGUUUGAUGAAUUUGAACAAAAGCUCCAAAAUCAACGUCAGAUAAUUAAGGAUAAAAUCAAAGCAGUAUAUGGGAGUCAAUCUGAGGCAGUACAGAGUGAUCUCAACCAAAUAAAGGAGUUAUCGACCCAUGUUAACAUUGCAAUGAAGAACUCCAACACAGCACUACAGAACAAUAUCUUAGAUGAGAUCUUAUCUAACACAACCAGCAAUGCUCUCGCACUAAAUGAUAUGACCGAUGCAUUACGUAAGGCUGCUAGGAGGCAGCAUUCUAAACACUCUCUACAACUCGAUGCUUCCACUAGUAAGGAGCUAUUUGAUACUACUGUAAAAGACCUGGGAAGGUUUGUGGCAAUCCAGGCCAAACCCCCCACAGCCUGCCUUGCUACUUCCAUCAAGCUGGUCCUACCAGAAGGUGCAAAGAUCAAUGUUAUGAUAAAGGAUUCCAAUGGUGAACAUGUCAAGAGUAGAGUCACUGAAGGUAACGAUGCAUACUAUCUUCACUUUAGGCCAAUGAAGAGUGGCAAACAUAAACUGUUCAUAGACUUCAAAGGGAAGACCACAAGUCGGAUUGAAAACCCAUUUACAGUGAAGCCAAAUAAUCCACUGUUGAAAGUAGGAGAACAGGGGAUUGGGCCAAAGAAGUUUGAUGGCCCUGCAGCAGUUGCUGUAGGCAAAAACGGCGACAUAUUUGUUGCAGAUUUUGGAAAUCAUACUGUGCAGUGGUUUGGAGCAUCCGGAGAUUACCUCCACUCAUUUCCAAUAGGUAAGCGAAUAAGCCAAACAGAAAUGAUUACUGCAAGUGCCUUAGUUGCAACUGGCCUUAAUGAACUAGUAUGCAACAAGGCCAUCUAUGUAUACAAGCAGAACAUGUGGAACUUGAAAUCAUGCAACACAAUAACAUUCUAUGGGCCACAGGGGCAUCUCCUACAGCAAGUGAGUAGUAAAUCCUUAAAACAAGUCCAUGGUGUUGCUAUCAACAGCUUGCAACAUAUCAUUGCAUCAGACCUUGCCCAACACAAAAUCUUCAUCCUUACGAGGAAAGGAUCUGUGCUGAAGACUAUAGGUAAAACAGGAGGUGGGUCAAUCCCAGGACAAUUCAGGCUCCCAAAGGCAGUGUGUGUAGGCCCCAAUGAUGAGAUUAUAGUCUCAGAUUCUGAUAACCACCGAAUACAAGUUUUAACCAAAGAUGGCACAUUUUUAAACCAGUUUAAUGGCAAUGAUAAGUUCCAGCUGAAGAGUCCUAAUGGAGUCGCUGCUGACCCUCACGGCCAUGUCUUGGUGUGUGAUUGGUCUGACUCAAGUGUUAAGGUGUUCACAAUGGAAGGGACCUUUGUAGGACAGUUAGAGAGCACAAGUGAACGUAUGAUGUGGCCCAGGGGACUGGCAAUAGCGCCACCUAAUCAUACCAUUGUUGCAGAUUCUGGGAAUCAUUGCAUAAAAGCUUAUAAAUACAUGUAACAAUAGUGAGAUUUUAUUAACAGUGCCUAUAUGAAGGUGAUACCGGACAGAAGUGAUGCACCGAGAUUUAUUAUCUAGUUAUUGGCAAAUAAAACUACUAAUAAUUAACUAUUAAUAGUGAAGAGCAUUCAGAAAAUCACCCUCUCUGAAGUGAACAAUACUGCCUACUUAUGGCAACUAUUAUGAAACAUGAUUUUGAUGUAAAA